AUGCCGGACUACUUCAAUGACUGGUGGAAGGAAAGUCUCGGUUCUUGCCGGGUGUCCGAUAUGUUGCCAAAGUCAUCCAUCAAAGAUGUGAUGGAUUUGGUUGAAUUUCACUGUUCACAACUCGGUCCGGAUCCGCUGCCAGAUACAACCGGUUCAACAUCUCUUGUGCAGUGCCACAAGACGCCAAUUGGGAGAGAGUUGCUGGAUAUGUUACAGGGAAGGAUGAACAAUUUUAGAAGCUCAAGUGAUAGGUUGGCUGGAUUGGUUGGGCCGAUUGAUGAACUCACAAGGGCUGUCGCAUCCUCACAGGCACUCAUUGACCGGUUGAACACAGAUCAUCUGGUCAAUAUGUUAUACUAUUAUAUGUUACUGUCAUAUUCACUGCAAUACAUGGUCGCAAUCCCACUAGACUGGGCUUUGUAUCAGACCUACCUUGCUGGUGAAUUGGUUCAUGAGAUUUUCAUGUCCACAAUUCAUCAACGACCGGCAAAAAACAUGAACCUUGGACUCUUGGAUAUUGACACUUGCAUUGCAUUAGAGCAUCUUGCCAAUGUGAUGGCCUCUGCAUACUCCAAUGCCGACAUGGUCAGAUACAAUGAUGCCCUGGACAAAGAUGAAUCCGGUCGAAGUGCAAAACGAGAGCAGACCCUCUUCGACAGAUUCCCCCCCGAACAGGAGCAUUUCUUGACAACACCAGCCGUCAUCGUCGAUUCCGGAGGUAGAAUCAUUGUCUGGUAUUUGCCUGGAGCUAUGGCUGCUAUGAUGAUGCUCAGCCGGACAUACAUAACAGCAAGAUAUGCAUGGUGCAACGCAUUCCAUGAAUGA